ACUUUCUUUGCCAAGAUGCUCGAUCACGAGUACACAGCCAAGAAGAUUUUCCAGAGCAACUUCUUCAAUGACUGGACAAAGGAGAUGACGCCAGAGGAGAGGAAGCGAAUCAAAGACCUGAGGAAGUGUGACUUCCAAGAGAUGCACAAGUAUUUUGUGGAGAAACACGAGGCCCAGAAGGCUCUGCCCAAGGAGGAGAAACAGAAAUUAAAAGAGGAGUCAGAAAAAAUCCAAGAGGAAUAUGGUUUCUGCAUAAUUGAUGGGCACCGGGAGAAGAUCGGCAACUUCAAGAUAGAGCCCCCGGGUCUCUUCCGAGGCCGUGGGGACCACCCUAAGAUGGGGAUGCUCAAGAAGAGGGUGAUGCCUGAAGAUGUCAUCAUAAAUUGUAGCAAGGAUUCAAAGAUUCCACAGCCCCCACCAGGGCACAGGUGGAAAGAAGUCAGGUGCGACAACACGGUCACCUGGCUGGCGUCGUGGACUGAGAACAUCCAGGGGUCCAUCAAAUACAUCAUGCUGAACCCCAGUUCCAAGCUGAAGGGGGAGAAAGAUUGGCAGAAAUACGAGGUUGCUCGCCGCUUGAAGGGGGUGGUCGGCAAGAUCCGUUCUCAGUACCGAGCAGACUGGCGGUCCAGGGAGAUGAAGCAACGGCAGCGCUCUGUGGCUCUUUACUUCAUCGAUAAGCUGGCCCUGCGAGCCGGGAACGAGAAGGAGGAGGGCGAGACGGCGGACACGGUGGGCUGCUGCUCCCUGCGGGUCGAGCACGUGGCCCUGCACCCGUGGCUGGACGGGAAGGAGCACGUGGUGGAGUUCGACUUCCUGGGCAAGGACUGCAUCCGCUACUGCAACAGAGUGCCCGUGGAGAGGCAGGUGUUCAAGAACUUGCAGCUGUUCAUGGAGAACAAAGAGCCUGGGGAUGACCUGUUCGACAGGCUGUCUACGACAUCCCUGAAUAAGCAUCUCCAGGACCUGAUGGAUGGGCUGAGCGCCAAGGUCUUCAGGACCUACAAUGCGUCCAUCACACUGCAGGAGCAGCUGAGAGCGCUGACCAAUGAAGAGGACAGCAUCGCCGCGAAGCUGCUCUCCUACAACCGGGCCAAUCGCGCGGUCGCCAUCCUGUGCAACCACCAGCGGGCCACUCCGAAGACCUUCGAGAAGUCGAUGCAGAACCUCCAGGCGAAGAUCAGUGCCAAAAAGGAUCAGCUGACUGAAGCCAAGGCGGAGCUCAAGAGGGCCAAGGCGGAUCGCAAAACCAGGAAGGACGUGAAGUCUAAAGCUGCAGUGGAAAAGAAGAAGAAGGUGAAAGAGAAGCUCGAAGAGCAGCUGGAGAGGCUGAAAAUGCAAGCCACGGACAAGGAGGAAAACAAGCAGAUUGCUCUGGGCACGUCCAAGCUGAACUACCUGGACCCCCGCAUCAGCGUGGCCUGGUGCAAAAGGUUUGGUGUGCCCAUUGAGAAGAUCUACAACAAAACCCAGAGAGAGAAGUUUGCCUGGGCCAUUGCAAUGGCAGAUGAAGAUUUUGAAUUCUGA